CGGGGCUUCCUGCUUUGCUUUCCCCAGCGAUGCAAUCAAGAAGACUCCAGUUCUUCUCAGAUCUGCUGCCCACAUUCUGGAGAGGCUCACAGGAAAAGAACAGGGGGAGUUUGGGCCUCUCAUCCAUACGCCCCCGGACCUUUCUCCUUUCCAUUCAGCCUCUCCCCGUGCCUGGAAGGACAUAAGGAAAAACAGGGAGAGUUUUGUCCUUUGGAUGUUCUCAAGAACUUCUCUCCCCAGACAUGGGGUGGGAAUGACACCAGCUUUCCUAGGGCUUUGGAGAAGCAUGGAAGAAAACGGAUCGGAGCUCGUAUACGGGGUAGGAAAGGUUGUGUCCUGCGGGAAGCACCAGGACCUGAGGAUUCAGCCUGGCAGAUGGGCCGAGGGUGGGCUUCAGCUUCAUUGAUUUGUUUCGGGCCAACCCUGGGGUAAAGCAGGGAGAGAGACAGCAGAUUGAGACCUCUCCUUUUGAAGCGUGUCUUGGUUCUUCCCAUUCCUGGGCGGAAACAAGUAACUGGAGCUAUUUACAAGGGGAUUCCGCCUGAAUUCUUCGCAGCAACCUGGGAUCAGCAAGCGGCUCCAGACCCGGAUGAUGUUCCGAAGCCGGGGGAGGAGGGAAUAUUUAAAAACAAUUCUUCAGAGCAGCAUACAUUCAGCCCCAGAGCAUGUCACACUGAGAACUGAGUGAGUGGGAUUCCAACCCGGGCAGGAGUUUGCAGCGUCUCUUAGGAGUCUUGGUCCGGAUCUCCUGGAUAUCACCGGAGAUUGCUUUGGCUAUGACUCUGAUAAGGAAGUGAGUCCGACUAGAAAAUCCUCUGCCAGUGGAUUCCCCUCACUGCCCCCCUCCUCCCAUCAGAAUCCUGCUUUCAAAGGAUCAAAAAUACUAGCGGCUAUUUUUAAAGUGUCAGCUUAGAACCUUCUCCUUUGGCUUUCAGGGAGGGCUUGGGUUGUGGGAGAGUUCAGCUGUUUUCUUCUCCCACCGUAUCCAGUCCUGGGGGUUAACGCACUUGAUUCCUCCCCCCACCGCCCGUUUCUGGCUGGCGGAUGAAAUCUCAGGAAUAUCCGGGAAGCUGGUACACGAAGCGUGCCGGAGGAUUGGCUGAAGGACGCCGUAGCGCGUGGGUGUGAAGUUUGCCAAGGGGAGCUGGUGAAAGAAAAGACGAAACGGGGGGUGCCUCAUCCCCAGAGGCUCUGGAUGGAUUGGAAUGGGGAAGUCAGCCUGCAGUACGAGCCCACAGCAACUGGAAGGCACCUGCUUCAUCCUCAGAGCACUCUUCCUCCUCCUCUUCUGCGGGCAUGCUUGCUGCCAAUGUAAGAUCCUGCGCUGCAACGCCGACUACGUGGCCGCCACCCUCAACCUGCGCGGCUCCAACAAGGACGUGGCUUACUGCAACGCCCUGCGCUCCUACUCCCACUGCACCCGCAAGACGGCCCGGACCUGCCGGGGCGACCUGGUCUACCACUCUGCCGUCCACGGCAUCGAGGAUCUCAUGAUCCAGCACAACUGCUCCAAGGAAGGCCCCACCUCGCCUCCCCGGCCCCGCCCGCCGGCCCCCAACCACCAGGGCUUUGAGUCCCUGGACAUCUGCAACUACGAGAAGAGCUUCCUCUACAAGCAUGGCCAGCCCCCCACCUACCAGCACUGCGCGGCCUUCGGGGACCCUCACGUCCGCACCUUCCAUGAUGAGUUCCACACCUGCCGCGUGGAGGGCUCCUGGCCUCUCCUGGACAAUAACUACUUGUUUGUGCAGGCAACUAGCUACCCGGUGGCAAAGAGUUCCAACGCGACAGCCACCGGCAAGCUCACGAUCAUAUUUAAGAACAUGAAGGAAUGCAUCGACCAGAAGGUCUACCAGGCCGAAAUAGACAACCUGCCGGCUGCCUUUGAGGAUGGCUCGGUGAACGGUGGCGAGAGGCCGGGGGGGAGCAGCCUGACCAUCCAGGAACGUGCGCCCGGGCAGCACGUGGAGAUCCGGGCUGCCUACAUCGGCACCACCAUCGCCGUGCGCCAGGCAGGCCGGCAGCUAUCCUUCUCCAUCCGGGCAGCCAAGGAGGUGGCGCAGGCCUUCACCGAAGAGCAGGACCUGCAACUCUGUGUGGGUGGCUGCCCGCCCAGCCAGCGCAUCUCCCGCAGCGAAUGUCACCACACUGGGAUUGCCGCUGAGACGGCGCGACUGCUGUGCAAGGAGAAGCUGCCGGUGGAGGACGUCUACUUCCAGUCGUGCGUCUUUGAUGUGGUAACCUCGGGCGAUGCCAAUUUCACCCUGGCCGCACGUGGUGCUCUGGAGGACGCAAAGAUGUUCCACCCAGAUGCUGAGAAACUGCACAUCUUCCAGACUGGGGCGGGCUGCCGUCUCAUCUCCUUACCCUUCCUCCUUGUCAUCGUCACCUCUAACCUCUUGGCUAUUCAGUUGUGCUUUUAACACUCCUUGCCCAUCAGGUACCAGGGCUACAAGAACCUGUAGCUGCUCUGUGACAUACAGACGGGAGUGAGGUGGACAUCAGCUGAAAGGAAGCGGUGCUCUAUCUAGAAUCUGCUAUCAUGGGGGUGGAACCAAACUGGCGAAAGGCCCUGGUCUUCGAGAAAAGACCUGGAAAUAGCAGCUCAUGCUUCCCAUUCUCAAACAUGCUGCGGACUGGAUUAGUUGGGUUUUGUUCUGCUCCUGAAUGUUAGUGGAAUUUUCCCAUCGUGGGUUCUGAUUUUUUUUU